AAUCACACACCCACGCAGUAACCACACCCAGCUUAUCACCAGACAGUCAGACAACCUUCAAAAUGUCACUGCUGAAUUUCUUUAGCAAAGUCACUCAAGAAAAAGGCAAAAGGAAACGUGAGACCAAAAAUGAUGAUUUAGGGGAGGAACAUAAUAUUAUUAAGAAUGAUGAGAGGGAGAAAAAGAGGGUGGAAGAGGAGGAGGAGGAGGAGGAUGUUAUCCGACGUUGUAAGAGACCCCGUCAAGCAGUGAUAGAGAGUGACAGUGAUGGAGAGUUGGAGACAAAAGAUGGAAGCAGACAAGAAGAGAUGGAAACGAAUAGUGUACCAUCAUUGCCUGUGAAAACUAAUAGUACUAGUAGUGUCACCAAAACACCUCCAAAGAGAGCCACAGCUCGAAAACACACUGGAAGAGUAACGGCAGCUGCAAAAACAAUAAUCAAGAAGAAAGACACUCAGGAGGAUCCUGUUAUCAAACCAAAGUCUCAGGCUGAUGAUGUGAAAGAUGUAGUUGUGUCUGAAGAGACUAAAGAAGCUAAAGAAGAAAGUUGUCCUGUUUCUGAAUGCGAAAAAAUUGAAAAAUCAAGUUCACUUGCAGAAGAUAAAGAGAAUAACAGUGUGUCUGCUGGUGAAAAAAAAGAAAGCUUUGCAAAAAAGACUUCAACCAGCUCUUCUUUUGAUCCCACAAAGAUAAACUAUCAUCCUGUAAAAGAUGCUUGCUGGACAAAAAAUCAAAAAGUUCCCUAUCUUGCUAUUGCUAAAACAUUUCAACAGAUUGAGCAAAUAUCAGGAAGAUUGAAGAUAAUCAGUAUUUUAACUAAUUUUUUACGAUCAGUAAUAGCUCUUUCUCCUCGGGAAACAACGCAAUGCAUUUACUUGUGCCUCAACAAGCUGGGGCCAGCUUAUAAAGGCCUUGAACUUGGUAUUGGUGACAAUAUUCUGAUUAAAGCUUUGUCAAGUGCUACCGGUCGAAAUCCGCAGCAGAUCAAAGCUGAAGUGGCAGAGAAAGGUGACCUAGGUUUAAUAGCAGAAGCAAGCAGAUCAACACAACGGACUAUGUUUGCUCCGCCUCCUCUUACCAUUAGUAGCGUAUUUAAUAAAUUUACAGAGAUAGCUAAACUGACCGGGCAUUCUUCUCAGAAUAAGAAAGUUGACAUAAUUAAAAGUCUGAUAGUCAGUUGUAAAGAUUGCGAGGCUAAAUAUUUAACAAGAUCACUAAGUGGUAAGCUACGGAUCGGUUUAGCGGAACAAUCAGUUCUAGUUGCUCUUGCUCAUGCUGUCAAAUACACACCACCUGGACAAGAUAUUGCUGAUGCCAGUCAGGGGGUCAAUGGAGAGAAGUUUCGUAAAGAGCUGGAUGCAGCAGCUGCUAUUGUCAAGAAUGCUUACUGUGAAUUGCCAAACUAUGAUAUCUUGAUACCUGCUCUACUUGAGCAUGGGCUGGAUGAGCUGCCCAAUCACUGCUCCCUGACUCCGGGGAUACCACUAAAACCAAUGCUAGCUCACCCCACUAAAGGCAUACAAGAGGUACUCAGACGAUUUGAGCAGUCCGAGUUUACAUGUGAAUGGAAGUAUGAUGGUGAAAGGGCCCAGAUUCAUUUAUUGGAUGACAACACUGUUCAGAUAUACAGUCGCAACCAAGAGGACAAUACUUCUAAGUAUCCGGACAUCAUAGCAAGGAUUCCACAGGUGUUGAAGACUGCUGGAGAGGGAGAGGAAGGAGAGAGAGAGGGAGUGAAGUCUUGUGUGAUUGACGCUGAAGCUGUUGCGUGGGAUAUCGAGAAGAAACAAAUACUUCCUUUCCAAACUCUGAGCACUAGAAAAAGAAAAGAUGCAAAUAUUUCUGAGAUUAAAGUCCAAGUCUGCGUCUUUGCCUUUGACCUGUUAUUUCUUAAUGGGAGACCUUUAGUUAGGGAACCUUUUAGAGUUAGGCGAGAGCUAUUGAAGUCUUCAUUCAAAGAGAUUGAAGGGGAGUUUAUGUUUGUUCAAAGUAUUGAUUCUACUAAUAUUGAAGACAUUCAGAGCUUUAUGGAUGAAUCAAUGAAAGGUAAUUGUGAAGGCUUAAUGGUCAAGUGUCUUGAUAAAGAUGCAUCAUAUGAAAUAGCAAAGAGAUCCCGCAACUGGCUAAAACUUAAGAAGGAUUAUCUUGAGGGUGUGGGCGACACACUAGAUCUCGUUGUGGUUGGUGGGUUUCAUGGAACGGGAAAGAGAACAGGAAAGUAUGGCGGGUUUCUACUGGCUUGCUAUGACGAGGAAAACGAAGAAUAUCAAGUCAUUUGUAAAAUUGGUACUGGUUUCAAAGAUGAGGAGUUAGAACAGCACACUUCAUAUCUUAAAGAUCACGUCAUCGAUGGACCUAAAUCAUACUACAGCACUAGUGAUAGCAUUACCCCUGACCACUGGUUUGAGCCUGUCCAAGUCUGGGAAGUAAAGGCGGCUGAUCUCUCUGUGUCUCCUGUUUAUCCAGCUGCUGCUGGAAUUAUUGAUCCAGAGAAAGGCAUUUCACUUCGUUUCCCUCGUUUUCUUCGUAUAAGAGAAGACAAGAAACCAGAGCAAGCCACUACCAAUCAACAGGUAGCAAUUCUUUAUCGUCAGCAGCAGAACAUUGUCAAGCAAACAGAGACUAACGAAGAUAUAGAUGAUCUCUACUAAUAAAAAUUAUGAAUUGCUCAUCACUUUUGCACACACCAAUCCACAAUCUUAAAGACUCACUUGACAUUAAGAUCUUUUAAUUUUGCUAGUUACAGCUUUUUCCCAUUCCUCUCUUAAC